AUUUUUUUAAGUGUGCAUUUGUUUGCCUGCAGUGUUGUCUGAAGCCUCUACAGUUCAUGUGUUCAUGAAUUGAACUCCAGGAUAGCAAAAUCAGCGUAUUAUACCAGUAACAAGGCAGAGAAGAAUGGAGAACGACAGAAAGAUGAUGAUGCUCUGUCUGCUUUUGGCAGCUAUUAGCAGCCGUGUGUUUACUGGAGAGUGGAAGGCCACUGUUGCCAAAAACCUUGAUGCUCUGGUUACAUCCUGUGCCGUGAUACCCUGUUCAUUUACCCAUGCUCAAGAUGAGCUGCCCCACUCCAGACUCAGGGGGAUCUGGCAUCGUUCAACAUACCGAGAUCAAUGCGUCUAUCACGAUGACAAGACAAAGAUCUUGGAAAACUUUCGCGGCCGCACAAAGUUGUUGGGAAAUUUGGGCCAAGGCAACUGCACAUUGGAAAUGAUUGAAAUUAGAGAUCAUGACAAUGGCCCUUACUGUUUUCGGAUUGAAUUGGUAACAACAGGGACUGAAACAUCCAAAAUUGACAAGAUCUCCUUUGUUGAGGAUUGUGUCAACUUUAAAAUGAUCACUGAACCUCCAAAACCAACUCUGAUUCCACCAAAGACAGCCAUUCAAGGUCAUCCCUACACCAUCACCUGUUUAGUCCGCCAUACCUGCCCCUCCCAUAUACCUCAACUCACAUGGAGUAGAGGCACUGCAGAGGAGAUCCUUGAGGUUCACAGAGAAAUUCAUCAAGGUACCUGGGAGGCUCAGUCCACUCUGACUUUCAUCCCUGAGGAGAAGGAUGACCACACAGACAUCACCUGCACUGCUGGAUUUUUUGGAGGGAGGAAAUCCACUGAAAAACUUACGCUUUAUGUAAAACGUACCGAAAACUAUAACCACAUCAUCAUUCCUGCAGUAGUGGGGAUCGGCACCGCUGUCAUCUUCGCAGGCCUCUGUAUUUUCAUGGUGAAAAAAUACAAGAAUCGCAUUGCAGAGCUCCAAAAUCAGGACGGAACCAUGUGGAACCGGCUUUCCAGACUGUCUCGGAGAAUGAAAUGGCAAGGCUAAAUAUGAGAAGUGAAACACUGAAUUUCACUGCUGUAGAUAAUCAAAGCAAAGGCAAUGGACACACUUCUGAAAUGCUCAAAUCCUACCUGCAGCCUACAGUUUGUUUCUUUGUUUUUCAGCUGACAUUAAACUAAGAGGCAAAUCAUUUUUGACUAACUUGCUUUUGUAUUAUUCAUAAAUCAGUUUUAGAGAAAUGCCAUUAUCUUAAUAGCAGCUUAAUAAGAAAAAACACAAGACUACAAAAUAUGUAAUUAUCUUAACACAGCUUGAAUAUUUUUUCCGCACAAUUUUCCUGAAAAUCAACUUUUUGUAGUUGCAAAUGAUCUCUCCUUAGCAAUGACAUUGAUUUGUUAAGUCAACACACAAGCUCAGUAUUCAUGAGGAGAAAAUACAUGUUUUAGUUGUUAAGGUCAUACCAGGAAAAUUACAGGAUGCUCUGUCUUGUGUCUUUGUGAUUUUCACUGAACCUUCAUAAACCUUGACCUUACAUUGAAAAACCCUUUAAAUCUCCAAGUGACUAAAUCAAAUUAAAAUAUGUUGUCAACCUGUUUUUCAUCUAAUAAUAACAACCUCCUGUUUCAGUUUUGUAAACCUUGAUCUUUUUACAUUAAAUCUUGGAUUGUA